GGAACCAGUUUAGUCAAUUGAAGUUGUUUAAAGCGCACCACUGAUAUUGAUUUAUGUCAAACUGGAUGGUGAAUGUCAGAUUGGCGAGAAUGCAAACGAAACAUCCAAACCCAUGCAGAGGUUAAAAACAAGAAAAAAAUAUGCCCUAAUUUUAAGGACUUAUACAGAUUGAGUACCUUGUCUAUGCCUGCAAAAUUCGAAGAAAGCAGAUGAAAUGGUGUUUUGAAGCGUGUGCAACAUGGACUUCAGCUGCGGUCACGGAGGGAAAAUGACUGCUACCAACACAUUCAGAGUAAACAACAUAAAGACCUAUCGAAGCUGAAAGUGUCUAAUAAGUCAAUGACAAGAUUCUUGGAUAUUUCUAACAACUCUGAACUUAACCACCAGCGUGCAAUAACUAUAGUAAAAAACAGACAACUCAGGAAAAACGGAAUCGAUGAAGAGGGAAAUAAAGGAGGCUCAUACAGGAUACGAUUUAUGUAAACCUGAACACGAAAGGAAAUCCGAGAUCCUAACCAACGAAAGAGAAGCCCAAAAUAAUGAGGAAGUGAACAAACCCGUUAAGGAUAUCGAAAACAGAGGGUUAGGUGUUCUAGCCAAAGUCACUACAACUGAUGAAAAUGAACCCUUUUUAAAGUACAGGUUCCGAGAAGGUGACCUAAUGAGAGAUAACCCCUGGCUUGAAGCGAUAAAUUCCAUUCUUGAUAAGAUAAGACAGAAUAGGAAAAGGGACCACACCUUAGAAUACACACCCUUCUGUAUCAUGCUUGGAGGUUCCGGGUUUUCAAAGGUGCGUGGUGUGAUGCAGGAGAAGUUCGGAAAUAAGGACGAAAAAACUAGAAGGGAGUACGUCCUCCCUAGAGAUUCUGAUGAAAAAAAGAUAAUCGAAACUGUAAUGAAAGAUUUGCUGGAUGGAAUAGCGUGUUUUGUUGAUUCUGCCGGAAAAAUAGAAAUAACGAAUGCACACAAAUACGAAGACUUUUACAGACAGCGUGAAGAUUCGAUAAAAACAGUAAGUUCAAAGAUGAAGAACAACGAAUACGCUUUGAAGUUUUAGAACUAAUACUGGAUAUAUUAUUAUCAUUAUUAUUUUAUUCAUUUAUAAAGCGCAAAAUUACAUAUAGUUUCUAUGCGCUUCACAAUGAUUGUGCUGAUAAUCAUUGAUAAUAUACUAAUAAAAGACCUGCAAGAGCUAUAAAGGAAAUGAUAAAACAGUAGAAAGAAUUUAAAUAAAACAUGGUAGUAAAAUGACAAA